GUGCGAUGCCGCCUGGGCUGACAUACUGUGGACUGGCUGGACUUGUCACGGGGCCUGUCAGGCAAACAAUGUGUUUCUGUCACAGAAAAUAAGAAGUAAAUAGAUUAAAACAAGGAAAAAGACAUCUGUGGACACGGGCGUCGCGACAGAAGAACUACUUAGGAUGGGCGAGCGCGCCGACGUUGCGUUUAAAACCACUGGAUCAAAGUGGCUACAGCCCGUCAGUGAAUAUUUGGGCUUUCCUCUUGAUCAGGUACUCCGCUCACAUCCUCACAGUGGUGGUUGCAAGCUACUUGAUUAUAAUCCAAGCUGACAUCAACAAUGUACACAGGUAUUCCAUGGUGACGGCUAUGGGCUACUUGACAGUGUGCCAAGUGAGCAGAGUCUUUAUCUUUAACUAUGGAGUUCUGUCUACAGACUUCUCUGGGCCUCUGAUGAUAGUAACCCAGAAGAUAACCACACUGGCUUUCCAGCUCCAUGAUGGUAUGUGUAAAAAGUCUGAACAGCUGACCUCGGAGCAGAAUGCUCUGGCUAUAAAUGUGAGACCUUCUCUUAUAGAGUACCUGAGUUACAAUCUAAAUUUCAUGAGUGUCUUGGUGGGACCGUGCAGCAACUAUAAAGAGUACAUAGACUUCAUCGAGGGAAGGCACAUCAGCAGGAGGCUCAGGCAGCACUCUGGGACGUGUAAUGGGCAGAAUGGCUAUGAUAAGGCACCAGACCCUUCACCUGUGGAUUUGUUUUCUCUGCAGAACGCUGUCUGUCGAAAAUUGCUGGUCUGCAGUGGAUGUAUGCUGUUCUUCCUCACUGUGACUCGGUCCUUGCCGAUAACCUACAACGUCGACCCUCACUUUGUCAGCCACGCCCCUUUCCUCACAAGGCUCACCUACGCUUUCUUCUCCAUACAAGCAGCAAGGCCCAAAUUCUACUUUGCCUGGACACUAGCUGAUGCAGUCAACAACGCUGCAGGUUAUGGUUUCUUGGGGAUGGAUGAAAAUGGAAAGCCAUCCUGGGACCUCAUCUGCAACCUCAACAUUGUGGGAAUUGAGACGGCAACCAGCUUCAAGACAUUCAUAGACAACUGGAACAUUCGGACAGGAAUUUGGCUCAAGACGGUGUGUUAUGACAGAGCCCCAAAGCACAGGUUGGCGUUGACCUUUAUCCUGUCUGCCUUGUGGCAUGGUGUUUAUCCAGGGUACUACUUCACCUUCAUCACUGCCAUCCCCAUCACCAUCGCAGCACGAGCUGUACGGAAGUCUGUUCGCCACCACAUACUGGGCUUCAGAGGCUUGAAGCUGGGAUAUGACAUCCUGACUUGGGCAGCCACCCAGCUCGCCAUCUGCUAUACUGUCAUGCCUUUUCUACUUCUUGCAAUAGAGCCCACUUUAGUUUAUUACAGGUCUAUGUACUACCAUGUCCACAUCAUCAGCAUUCUGGCGGCAGUCGCCCUGCAUCGGAAGCACAAACCCAGUGAACCCUCCGCCACCACCAAAACGUUUUCCUCCUCCUCCUCUUCCACGUUUCCGUGCUCAGCCCAGUGCCAGCCUGUUCACUCCAACAACAAUGACAAAGUAGACUGAAAUCCCCUCUUCACGUUCUUUUACCAGGCUCUCAGUCGAGGCUGUUCUCUCAAAGACAAGUGAAUAUCCCUAAAGGGCAUCCAGCCAACUCAAAAUGGAAAAACAUUAUUUAUUUUUUGGGACAACAGGACAAAAACUUUGGUAUGAUUCGAUGCAGGACAUGAACCUAUGGUACUGGAUGUACACUGGGGGAGCUUUUCUGCCGUAUGGUAAGAUUACCAAGAUCGGAACCUGAUUCUAAGACAAAACAUCAAACAGAAGCACAGCAGGCGGACUGAAAAGAGAAACUUCAGCUGAGGACACUGCUUUGGUACCACCAACAGGACGCUGGCCUCCUUCCACCUGCCCCCUCUUUCCUCCCCCCCGUGCCCAACUCAACACCAGCCUGCCCGCUCUGACAACAAUGCAACAGUGUGAAGAGAGAAAGGAGGCUUGCUUUCUUCCCUGUCCUCUAUCUCCGCUGUCCUGCCGACUGGUUUGGAUCAAGGCCAGCACAGUGGGAGAGCAGCUCAUAAGCGGGGCACAAAUACCAGAACACACACACACACAUACAAACUCAUGCAUAAACAGACACUAGGACACAAAUAUGCACAUCUCUCUCUAAGACACGCUCGUACUCAGUCACACUCUGAUGGCACACAAAGGCUGCUCUUGUGUGGCCGCAACAAAAGAGCAUACCAAGAGGAGAAAGAGCCCUGGUUUAUAUGUGUGUUUGAGUGUGUCCUUUUACUCUGCAUUACAUCCCACCAGCCUCUGUCACUGACCCACUGUGUGCAUGUGGACCUUGUUGUGAAAAAUGUGGACUGUGUUAAUCUUUCUUCCACUGUUAGUUUGUACUGGCUGAGUGGAACAACACUUGAAAUAACAGUGAGACCAUACAGCCCUGAAACUGUCCGAUGAAACUUAAAUGAAGUCUUUUAAAGCAGGAUGGCAGCUCCUCCAGGUGAGGAGACUCGAGCAUUCUGCAGAACAAGUUAACACCUUGACAUAGUCUCUAUGGAUGAUCCUGGGCUUUAGCGAUAGCCCUGUAAACAUAACAAAUAUCUCAAGUUAAAACAGUAAGAUUUUGCUUAUGUUGAUUUUCAUUGCACACUUGCAAAAACUAAUGAAAUUGUGUAAUACAAGCAUGGGUUGAUGUUCACAGGUGAAAGCAAAAGCAUGCGAUUUUCAAUGAUUUAGUGAGUCAGUCCACUUUCACUACAAGCUAUCUCUCUGUGCUGAAGCAGCAGGGAGUUUAAUAGUGUCAUAGUUCUUAAUGUGUUAGUACUUUACCAUGUGAACGGUGCUGGAUACCUGUUAUCAUGGGUAAGUGAACAAAAACCUGUGGUGAAACUGAGAGGAAAUAAUUCAUAGUUUCUCUUUUUGGGAGGCAGCCAUUGCACAAACAUAAAAUGGAAAGUAUGACCAAGAAAUUGAGUUUAUAAAUCAAAUGUAUUUCUUCUCAGUAGGAGCAUGGGGCUAUUUUCAUUCUAUGAUUCUUUUGUAGAAAAGAGCACAUUUGAAAACGGUAAAUUUGCCAGAGUUUAUCAGCAGCUGCAGGUUGAUUUAACAGAGACAUCUGCUGGUUGUUUGUACUGUCUGAACUCUGCUGAAGUAAGCAAUGAAGGGGAGCCCAUUUAGACAGACUGAAACUGCCACACUGCAGCAUCUCCCAGUGCACCCUCAUACCAGCCAUGAGCAGAAAGCGUAUUUAUUCCAGUGACAUCACAGUUUCUCACCACACUUCACAAGUUCCUCUUUUUACAAGCUUUUGCACAACUAGAAGUUUAUGAAUCAGAAGGUGAUGCUUAUGAUUAAGAUGAGCUAAACACGGUGAAAAAAACAUGUGUUCACACUUUUUAAUUAUUUAUUUUUUUCUGUUUUUUUGUCAUCAUUAAGGUACCACUCAUGAGAUGUAUUGGAGCACUGGGAGUUUUAAAAGUGGCACAGUGGUUUGGCUGUUAAUGGUGCUACCUGCUGCAGGCUAGCAUGUUAGCUUUUAGCUACAUUUAUGGGAUGAUUAUACUAAGGUGUGCUAAUAAUACUAACAAACUGUAAUACAAGGAUACUUUUUGAGCGGUGUAACAGUGCCUGGUAAAGAAAUAUGAACUUGAAAAUGUCAGGCUGCUCCUUUAAAUUAAUGACAUUGGUUGGCUAAUGGAAUUACAAUUUCUUUGGGUAUAGCAUGCUGAGAGCGUGUUUAUCUCUUAAAUCAUGUUGGAGACACAAUCUUAAUAUAUUUUAUUUCCUGCUUUAAAAUUUCAUCUCAACUAUUUUGUUACAGGAAAAAUGUGUAUUUUGGAAUUGCCUGCUUGGCUCAGUUUACAUAUUGACUCAACCCUCUGAUACCCCAAAUAAAAAAAAAACAACUUUUUUCCCCUCUUACCUGUAGCGCUGUUUAUCAGUCUAGAUUAUUUUGGUGUGAGUUGCAGAGUGCUGGAGGUAUCUACAGAAGAGGUUCCUGCAUUCUUCAGUAUAUCAUGGAACUAAAUGACACUCUGGUGCUCAAAGCGCCAAAAGUGACCCAGUUACUCAAAAUAAUCCACAGACCUUGUUGUGAUCAGUUUCAAGUAGGAACCUAAUCACCGCGCAGAAGAGCGUCGUUCUGGCGUCCUCCUCGGCUGAACUGUAUCAUCAGUUAGCUCAGUGGUGCUGGGUAAGCUAGCAGACAAGCUGUAGUUUGGUAAAGAAAAUACUUUCUAUGUGAAACUGCUCACAACAAGGUCUGUGGCUUAUCUUGAGUUGCAGGGUCAUGAUUUCU